AUGACUCAAGGUAGAAUACCUCGGAACCCAGAAGGAGGCAUCAAUCAAGAGAAUCUGAAUCCCCCAAUGGAUGGAGGAUUAGCUGAAGCUGUACGUCUGCUGGCCGACGUGCUUAGACAACAACAACAUGAAGAGCCAUUGAAAGCCGAGAAAUGGAUUAUGGAUCUCGAAAGGACAUAUGAGAUCUGUGGUUGUACUGAGGACCAGAAGGUUCUAUAUGCUGGAUACCUAUUCCAAGGAGAAGCUGGAAUAUGGUGGGAUACACGGAGGCAGCUCCUAGUUAGGGAACUAGGAAGUCUCGCUACACUGUCAUGGGAGAGAUUUAAGGAAGAGUUCGACAACAGAUUCUUCCCGGAUUCUGCCAAACAGCUGAAGGCGCAGGAGUUCGCGAGUUUAACUCAAGGCAAUCUGACCGUAGAACAAUAUGCUACUAAGUUCAUGGCAUUAGGAAGGUUUGCACCACACUUGAUUGCUACUCAAAGGAUGCAGGCACAGAAGUUUCAAGCAGGACUUCAACCAAGGAUCCGUAGUCAAGUAGCUUGCCUAAGAAUAGAGAAUUACCAAGAGUUGGUAAAUGUGGCCGCGAUAGCAGAGGCUGAGCAGAGAGGUCUAGCAAUCCAGAUCAAUUCCGAAUGA